AUGUCUUUCCAAACACGUCAAGUUGGUGCUGCUAACACUUUGGAGUACAAAGUUUACCUUGAAGAAAACGGCAAACCAAUUUCUCCAUUCCAUGAUAUUCCAUUGUACGCUAAUGAAGAGAAAACCAUCCUCAACAUGAUUGUUGAAGUUCCAAGGUGGACCAAUGCCAAAUUGGAAAUCUCCAAAGAUAUCAAAUUGAACCCAAUCAUUCAAGAUACCAAAAAGGGUAAAUUGAGAUUUGUUCGUAACUGUUUCCCUCACCAUGGAUACAUUCACAAUUAUGGUGCAUUCCCACAAACUUGGGAAGAUCCAAAUGUCACCCACCCAGAAACCAAAGCCAAAGGUGACAAUGAUCCAUUGGAUGUUUGUGAAAUUGGUGAAAAAGUUGCCACUGUUGGUGAAAUUAAGCAAGUUAAAGUCUUGGGCGUAAUGGCUCUUUUGGAUGAAGGUGAAACUGAUUGGAAAAUCAUUGUUAUUGAUGUCAAUGAUCCAUUGGCUCCUAAAUUGAACGACAUUGAAGAUGUCGAAACCCACUUGCCAGGUUUAUUGAGAGCCACUAAUGAAUGGUUUAGAAUCUACAAAAUUCCAGAUGGAAAACCAGAAAACCAAUUUGCAUUCAGUGGUGAAUGUAAGAACAAAAAAUAUGCAGAAGAAGUCAUCAAUGAGACUCAUGAAGCUUGGGAGAAAUUGAUUGCUGGUCAAAGUGCUGAUUCAAAGGGAAUUGAAUUGGUAAACACUACUUUAUCAAAGACUGCUACUUAUGAUCCAAAUGUCGACAUUCCAUCUGCUGCUCCAGCUACAGCUGCUCCAAUUGAUAAGUCAAUUGACAAGUGGUUCUUUAUCUCUGGUGCUCACUAA